AUGGCAGAGGCGUCCGACAAGGAUGCCAAGCAAAAGGAGGAUGAGAUGGACAUUGAGGCGCUGGCGAAGCAGUACAAGACCAACCUGAAGAAGGGCCUCACAGGCAAAAAGGCGGCCGAGAUCCUCGAGAGAGAUGGGUUGAACGAGUUGGAGAAACCGCCCAAGCCCACCCUGCUGAUGCUCUUCCUCAUGCAGCUCACGAGCUUCAUCAUCAUCCUCCUCAUGGUGGCAGCCGUGGCCUCCAUCCUCGUGAACGCCACGGGCCCGCGUGCUGCGGAUCCGCUCUCCUACACGACAGGCUCGGCUUUCCAUCGCGCCAUGAAACGUGCAGACCAGUGUCUUGCCAGGCAUUGCCAUUGCCGCCCGUCUGCAAGGGCACUUGCAGAAGCACCGUCGCUUGCAUUCCCCACAGUUUGCCUUCUGCGACAUGUAUUCAGAAAGACUUGGCAGCAGCACGGCCGGAGCUAG